GGCCUCGAGCAUGGUCGCUCCAACGAGUUCGUCGUCCAGUGAUAAUGGCAUUAUUCCCCGCCUGAACUCCUAAUGAAGUUGAUUCCGUUGUCGUUGUUGUUGUUCAUCUUCUUCUUCUUGGAAAAUCGAGUCAAAGGACAGUGACCUUCCCCCGUGUAGAAUAUGCGGCAGUGAACCCUCCGUCGUUAUCUGUCUAUCGAGCCCUUGUUUGGGUUGAUGCGAAUUCGCCAUGAGGAUCCAUAGACGCAGGAGCACCAGAGGGGCAUUAUGGCUUAUUACAAGGACAACAAAGUAUAUCCCGCUCAGUAUUAUGAAGAGUAUCUACCCAGGAAAGUGACGACUGGAGCUGCGCCUAAACAAUGGGACACAGAAUACGACAGGGGGAUGUCUUACUACCCAGCUGUUCACCGCGUGAUAGACCAACAACCCAGGGUCUUCACAACGUCUCACGGGCAAAACGGUGAACUUCAGGGGGCCCCUAGGUACGGGCGAAUAUCGGCAAUGCCGGAUCCGCAGAAGAAGUUCUACUUCGACGACUUUCAACUUCUCAGUCACCAGCAGAAAGUCGUCAUCGGCGUCCGUAGAGAUGGAUGUUACACCGUGAGUGACACCAAGAGCACACUGCUGUACUUCGCCUCUUUGCGAUCCGACACGAACUGCUGUGGCUGUGAGGUGCCCAAGGGACCUGGCAUCGCCUUCAAGAUGUUCACCUCCUCGAAGGAACCGAUUCUCAUGAUCCAGACUUACGAACAAGCAGUCUGUUGCAAUGCAAAUGAUUUUGAAGGGGACGUGAAGAUUCUUCCAGACCUCACGCUGGGGACGAUGGCUGGAAGCAUCGCCAGAGGAUUUGAGCUAAAGUCACUUUCCAGCGACCGGAUCUGCACCAUUAACGCGAUAUACGACGGGUUUUGUCUCUGGGAUCGAUUUUAUGAGAUUGUCCCUGUGACAUCACCACACGACAUAGGAACCAUCCUUGUAAAUAACGGACAUCUUUUGGUGACAUUUCCGAGAGUCCUCGAUGUCCCCAGAAGAGCCUUUGUCCUGGCUUGCAUCAUAAGUAUGAAGUACCAGUUGGAGAGAAAAGGCAAGACGGGGCCUUGUAAGUCAUCAGACUGAGUUACCCAGAUCCGUCCAUUUCUGUAAAAGAAAGCCAUAUGCCUUAAUACACCAAAGAGUUUGAAGCUGAAGGACAGUUUAAUCAACUCUUGGAAAGCGAACAAAUGCCAAAAUGUUAAAAUGUUGUUGUCGUUUUGAUUCUAAAUUGCAGAAUAUGUGUGUGAUGCUUUCAUUUUAUAUGUAUCAGAGAGUGAGCUUUAUAUUUAUACGCUGAAAAUCACUGAAGAAAACAUUGGAACUAUCGCUUCUGUGUUACUGACUUGAAGGUAUUCAUAAACAUUUUCCGAGUGCCGUGUGGAUUCAAGAAAUGCACGAGACUUCUGUUCAUCAUCAUUUCAUCGCCAUAACUUGCAAUUUGUGCUUCUGUGAUCUUUCAUAACUGCUACCAGUAAGAUACAAGAAGUCCUUAAAGCAAAAAUUUUUGUGUAUUUCAUUGUCGUGAAAACAAGCAAAUGUAUUGCGACAUUGGUAUUAGUCAUUAUUGUUGUAUUCCGUUGUUAAAGUCUUCAAUAGAUUUUCACUGCUGUCA